AAAUUUGUCCGCGGCUACGGUCCGUAGUGGGAGUCUGCUUGUUUACAUCGGUCUGGAACGCGUAACAUAAGUGAAGUAAAUAGAGGAGUCUGGUCGGUUUUACUCUACAUAAACUGCAGUCAUGUCUGACAAGACUGGUAUUCGGAUCCCGAGCCGGCUGCCUCUGUUGCUCACCCACGAAGGGGUCCUGCUGCCGGGCUGUACAAUGCGGAUCAGCGUGGAUACCUACAGAAACAUGCAGCUGGUCAAGAGUCGGCUCCUGCGGGGCACCUCCUUGAAAAGCACCAUCAUUGGGGUGAUUCCCAAUACCCGGGACCCCGAGCACGACACGGACGAGCUGCCCGCAUUGCACAGGGUUGGCACAGCAGGCAUUGCGGUGCAGGUGGUUGGCAGUAACUGGCCGAAGCCCCACUACACGCUGCUGAUUACUGGGCUGUGCCGGUUCCGCACGCUGCAGCUGCUGAAGGAGCGCCCCUUCGCAGUGGGGGAGGUGGAGCAACUGGACCAGCUGGAGCAGCACGCCAGCCAGGCCCUGCUGGAAGGGGAGCUGGGGGAGCUGGGAGAGCAGUUCUACAAGCAUGCUGUGCAGCUGGUGGACAUGCUGGACAUGUCUGUCCCUGUGGUUGCCAAGCUGCGGCGCCUGUUGGACAGUUUGCCCAAAGAGACUCUCCCGGACAUGCUGGCGUCCAUGAUCCGCACGUCCAACAGCGAGAAACUGCAGAUCCUGGACGCAGUGGGGCUGGAGGAGAGGUUUAAGAAACUCAUCCCUCUGCUGACCCGGCAGAUCGAGGGCCUGAAGCUCCUGCAGAAGACCAGGAAACCGCGGCAGGACGAGGACAAGACGGUGGUAGCUAUCCGCCCAAUCCGCAAAAUCGGACAUUUUCCGGGUGGGCAGUUUUCCCUGGACACUGCUGAGGAGGCGGAGGAGGAGGAUGAGGACAGCGAUGACAUCGCCUUGCUGGAGAAGAAGAUCAGGAGCGCCAGCAUGCCAGAGCCGGCUCUGAAAGUCUGUGUCAAAGAGAUCAAGAGGCUGAAGAAGAUGCCACAGUCCAUGCCGGAGUACGCCCUCACCAGGAACUACCUGGAGCUCAUGGUGGAGCUGCCCUGGAAUAAGAGCACCACAGACUGCCUGGAUAUCCACGCGGCCCGAGUGCUGCUGGACAGUGACCACUACGCCAUGGAGAAGCUGAAGAAGCGGGUCCUGGAGUACCUGGCUGUGCGCCAGCUCAAGAACAACCUGAAGGGGCCCAUCCUGUGCUUCGUGGGUCCCCCUGGCGUGGGCAAGACCAGCGUGGGCCGCUCCAUCGCCAAGACGCUGGGCAGGGAGUUCCACAGGAUCGCUCUGGGGGGAGUGUGCGACCAGUCUGACAUCCGAGGACACAGGCGCACCUACGUGGGCAGCAUGCCCGGCCGCAUCAUCAACGGCCUGAAGGUGGUGGGCGUCGCCAAUCCUGUCUUCCUGCUGGACGAAGUGGACAAGCUGGGAAAGAGUCUCCAAGGGGACCCUGCGGCUGCUCUAUUGGAGGUCCUGGACCCGGAACAGAACCACGGCUUUACUGACCACUACCUGAACGUGGCCUUUGACCUCUCCCAGGUGCUCUUCAUCGCCACUGCUAACACCACGGCCACCAUCCCGCCGGCUCUGCUGGACAGGAUGGAGGUGCUGCAGGUGCCAGGCUACACUCAGGAGGAGAAGAUUGAGAUCGCUCACAGGCACCUGAUCCCCAAGCAGCUGGAGCAGCAUGGCCUGACCCCUCAGCAGAUCCACAUCCCACAGGAAGCCACCAGCGACAUCGUCAGCAGAUACACGCGGGAGGCUGGCGUGCGCGCGCUGGAGAGGAAGUUCGGGGCAAUCUGCAGGGCCGUGGCGGUCAAGGUGGCCGAGGGGAACAAAGUGACCAAGACUGACCCUCCACCAGGACCCGAGGCAGCAGGGAGGAGAGAGAAGGUCCUGGAAUCCCUCAAUAGCCCAGCUGACCUGUCCCUGCCUCCGGAGAUGCCUAUCGUAAUGGACCGGCACGCGCUCAAAGACAUCCUGGGCCCGCCCAUCUUCGAGAUGCAGGUGUCGGAGCGGCUGAGCCAGCCGGGGGUGGCGAUCGGACUGGCCUGGACCCCCAUGGGAGGGGAGAUCAUGUUUGUCGAGGCCAGCCGCAUGGAGGGGGAGGGCCAACUGACUCUGACGGGACAGCUGGGUGACGUCAUGAAGGAGUCGGCCCAUCUUGCCAUCAGCUGGCUCCGGAGCAACGCCAAGACCUACCACCUGACCAACGCCUCUGGGAGCUUCGAUCUCCUUGACAACACCGACAUCCACCUGCACUUCCCUGCCGGUGCCGUCACCAAGGACGGCCCCUCCGCCGGGGUCACCAUAGUAACCUGCCUGGCCUCUCUGUUCAGCGGGCGGCUGGUGCGCUCCGACCUGGCCAUGACCGGGGAGAUCACCCUGCGGGGGCUGGUGCUGCCGGUGGGAGGAAUUAAGGAUAAGGCUUUAGCCGCACACAGAGCGGGAUUAAAGCGAAUUAUAAUUCCGAAAAGAAAUGAGAAGGAUCUGGAGGAAAUCCCGGCCACUGUACGAGCGGAUCUGGAUUUCGUCAUGGCAGGUUGUCUGGAUGAAGUGCUUAACGCUGCUUUCGACGGAGGAUUCCCAGUGACGAGCAGACAUGAUCUCCUGAACAGCAAACUCUGAACAGCUCACUGUUCACAGCUUAGCCUGUCCCUCUGAGCCUCAUCACACCAAACCAUACAGCUCACCCUGCCCCUCCGAGCCUCAUCACACCAAACCAUACAGCUCACCCUGCCCCUCCGAGCCUCAUCACACCAAACCAUACACGAAUUAAAUGUACAUUUUUGGCAGGGUUACAAGGAUUUCAAUUAUUGCAGUUGAAAUGUUUACCUUCCAGCAUUGAUGAAAAAGUCUUCAGUAUUGGCACAAAACAUUGAUCACAUAAUUGUUCAUUUAUUACGAUUGUGUGUACACUCCCACUUAGACAAUGAAGGGACAUUUAAGCUAGAUAGAGAAUGCAUGUGAAAAGGCUUUUCUGAAAUUUUAAGUAGGGGAUUUGUGUAACUACAUUCAGAUAUGUCUAACCUAGCAUGUGUAUGUUUAACUGUUUGUUAGUUCAAUUUUCAAAUGGAAUUUGUAAUUUGUGGAUGGAAAAGUCUGUGCACCUUGUUUUGUCAUACUGUCCACUUCUCACAAUAAUGUAUCUAGGGGUAGCGAGGCUAUUACCUUUCACCUUCAGCUGUGUCAAAUUCUGAAUUUACCAUAAAAUGGUAGGAAGGCCUUUGUCUUUAUUGAAAGAGAAGGGUAACUGUGUCAGACUUCCCCGGUUCGUUCUGUUUAAUGACAUGUCUGGUGGAUCAGAUGCAAGUUAUUAAUACAACAUUGGUCAUGCUGAGGGGGGCUGUGAUAUAAUCAUGUAGCAAAUUCUAGAGGUUAAAUUCCAAAUUGUUAAAAUAUUAUUCCCCCAUCUAAAAGUAACAAAGGGCAAUGGAGCUUAGUUCUGUUUUAUAACAGCAGAGCCACUGCCUUACAAUGUGACCAUUAAUAAUGGUCUAUGGAACCAUUUUGGAAAACAGAUUAACUGAUUGUAAAGUAAUUAAGCUUUUGCAGAUGUGAGCCAUAAAUAAAGCUGUAAUCCUUGCAUACGUGUGCAUCUGUAUUUCCUUGCUAGUCUAUGCACUCAACAGAGAAAUGUGCCUGUAUGUGCAUUUAUAAUUUGACAUUUGUAUUGGAAUAUAAAUUUGUGACAUGCAAAUCACAUACGAGGACCAUAAAAAAAAUGCUAGUUAAAAACUUGAACUAUGCAACUAAAGAACAUAUACAUUAACAGCAGACAAUCUGGUAGGAGUAUGGUAUCCUAAUCUGUGGGGAUCCACUACAAACGCAUUUCUCCGCUCUGGUUUACCUGUAAAUGGAAAGAACCCGUCUUCAUUUUCAAAUCCACUCACCCUUUGUUAACCUCGUCUGUUUUCUUUGGACAAUUUGAAUUUUCCAGUUUAUCUCAAACCCAAAAGCAUGUAAAACAAAUGCAAAUAAUUACAUACUAUGAAAAUCCUUUAUGAUAUUUGUGCUGUAGUCCAUAUAGCUCUGGUUAUCUCCAGGUUUACACUCAUAACCAAAUUCUGGGGCAGGCACAUGGCAUGUAAUGUAAAGUCGAGUGAAUUUGUGGACAAAAUGGUGGAAAACACACACACAGACGAAGGCUGAUGCUACCAGAAACAAGUUCCAUUAUUACUGUUAUGCAUCUGUUACAUGGAAGUAAAAAAAUUAAUAAAAAUUAAGCCCUUUGAUUGACAUCAGUCCUGGAAGCAGGCUUCAGAUGGUACCCUUUAUGGGGUAACCCUUUGCCGAGGAGAGCCCUACGUUCAGCAGCAGCUUGAGUUUUAUUGCAAACCAUCUGGUGCUUGAGGACACCUCUCACGUCUUGGUCACUAAUCCAAAAAGCAAGGGAGCACUGGACAUUAUUGCAGAUUAGAACAGGCAGAAGAGCAGUCACUCAUUUCAAACAUGGUUCAGUGGAGACAGCCUGUGCAAGCUCAUUUCAGACAUGGUUCAGUGGCAAACAAUGACUAAAAAGAAAAAGGCCCCAGGACAGCGAGAAUAUAGAAACAUUUGACUUUAUUAAAUACAAAUAAACCACUGAAAAUAUGAAGAAAAAAAACUACUAUUAUGUUAUUUAAGUGGCAAUAACACAACUUAGUCUUGGCUAUAAUGAACACAAUUAAAGAUUAGCAAUACAAACUGAUUUUAAAUGCAUCAGAAUUGCCAACAUGAAAGUCUAGUUUAUCUUGUUAAAAUAUUGGUGUAUUGCUUUCAAUUGCAGCAUAUUAUGGUUUGUUUAAUUUAACAGUUUUUUUAUAAAAUUAAAAAGAUUGAAAGCCUGCUAUGCAAACCUGUACUUUCCCCGCCUGUCUAUUAGUCUAUUUCAUAUUCUUGCCAGUAAUGCAGCUCCAAACAGAAGCAACGUUUAUAAAUACUGAUUUUUACAUCAGAAAAAAAAAAGAGAAAGACAAGAAAUUUCUUAAAUGAAACGAGACAAGGAAUGAUAAAAAAAAAAGAUGAACUAUAUUAGCCUCUGCUUUACUUAGACAGCCUUGGUUAAAGCUGCCUCGAGCAACCAAAUCAACCACCUCAUGUUACUCUCUGUAACAUUAUAUAUAAAACAUUAAAAAAAAAAACAAAAAAAAACACACAAC